AUGGGUUCAAUGCCACCCAGCACACCAGCAAAAUCGCUGAUCAACCUCCAGCUCGGAUGGCCAUCUCCAAGGCUCUUUGCGCGCGACGGACUGCUUAAAGGCGCCGGGGAUAUCCUCACGUCGGAUAAGGAGACUGCGGCAGCUCUGAUCUACGGACCACAUAUAGGGCACCCUCCUCUACGAACGAGCCUCGCGGAAUGGCUGACGACCGUCUACUCCCCUAAAACUGGGCCAGUAAGCCAGGAUGGCAUUGCGAUCACAAACGGCGCUUCUGGAAACCUCGCCAAUGUGCUACAGAGGUUCACCGAUCCACUCUACACUCGGAAGGUCUUUAUGGUCGAACCGACAUACUUCCUCGCAUGUCCGAUCUUUGAAGACAACGGCUUGCAGAGGAAGCUGCGCGGAGUCCCAGAGAACGCCGAAGGACUGGACAUCGACUUUCUCCGGCGCGCGCUCGAGGCGACCGAGACAGCAGCAGUGGCUGCAGCGAAGUCGAGCGGCCGUUCCGAUGAGCCGACUGUGAAGAACGGUGCCACAUAUCCCAAGAUUUACAAAUACGUCAUAUACUGCGUACCGACCUUCGCGAACCCCAGCGGGAAGACCUUCCCCAUGCAAACACGCGAGAAGCUGGUAUCUCUGGCCCGAGAGUACGACGCGCUCGUUGUGUCUGACGACGUCUACGACUUCCUGCACUGGCCCGAAGACCCCAAGGCACCCCACGACCCAAACGCCGCAGCACCGCCGCGUCUGGUCGACGUAGACCGCGCGAUGCCGGGCUACAGAAAAUGGGGAAACACAUUGAGCAACGGUUCGUUCUCGAAGCUGAUAGGACCCGGCGUGAGAGUGGGCUGGGCGGACUGCGCGCCAGCCCUCGCCCGGGAACUGGCUGAGGUCGGCUCCUCGAGUUCCGGCGGAGCGCCGUCACAUCUCACAUCUACGUUCGUCGACAAGAUGCUCCGCAGCAACUACAUGCAGGACUUCAUCCGCUCCACGCUGGUGCCGACGUACCGCGCGCGGUACUACGUGCUCAUGGGCGCCAUCAAGGAGCUCCUCGUGCCGCUGGGCGUGACGGUCGAGGUCAACAAGCCGACGGACGUGACGUCGGAGAUCGGCGGGGGGUUCUUCACGUACUUGCGUUUGCCGGACGACAUCCCCGCCGCGAAGACGGUCGCGGCGUUCGCGCUGAAGGAGUACGCGUUGCGCAUCGCGUUCGGACACAUGUUCACGGUCACGGGCGAUGCGGAUAGCUUGGCGAGGGCCGAGGCGGAUGGCGGGUUCUCGAGGUGCGUCAGGUUGUGCUGGGCUUGGCAUGAGGAGGGGGAGAUACGUGAGGGUGUUGAGAGGCUCGCGGCGGCAGUAAGAGAUGUGAGGGAUAGGGUAGCGAGGGGGGAGGAUGUUGGGAGUCAGCUUUCUAUUGGAAUCAGAUAG